GGUUGAUAACAUGCAGCAAGCAUAUCCCAGGCUGGGACCACUGGCGCAAAAUUAUCUGACGCAUAGACCGUCAGCAUUGCCAGGCUUAAGUUCAAGGCUCAUAUCAUGUUCAAGCUCAAGAUUAUCGGCUCCAGAGAAACCAUGUAACGGAACCCAGGAUGUGAGUAUCGUAUUUUGGUCAAAGUUUCAAACUUACAUCUUUAUUUCUCUGGAUAACAGUCGCAAGAAGGUUGGUUAUUUGUAGAUUCUGUCUUCCCGGUCCGUUUGGGCACCUGGGAGUUCGUACUCUUUCCUGUUCGUCCAACUUUAUGCAUAAGCCAACCAAUAUUGUAUCUUACAGUAUUCGUCACUACAUCGGUAUAUUUCGCGAAGAAACUCUUCUCGAGAGGCUUGAAGCACUGUUAUCAUCUGUGAAAACACACGAUUUUCAGGUGCUCUUUUUAGAACCCCACGCAAAAGAUGGAGGGGUGUUCGUGCACUUCAAUUAUAAUGCCUCUGACCCCGAAAAUGCCCUCGUUUCAAUUGAGAAUGAUUUGAAGCAAGAAGCCUUGAAACAUGGCGGUAUACCAUCUUGGACUGGUCUUGGGCGAGGUAAUAUCUGGCUUGUGAAAGGUCGACCUUGGCGAGAAGACAUGAAUAGAUACGCUUCUACCGUUGUCAAGUUAGCCUUCGAAGGACCGGACAUCCAGGAAGAGUCGUUGUAUGAUAUCCUUCGACCAUACGGUCGCAUACAAGACGUUUCGUCUCCGGUACCUGUUCCAGCUGGAACAUUUCGUUCAUCCACGGUCACAUUCCAACGCGUUCGUUCUGCAACUAUAGCCCGCAAUGUCAUCCAUGGUUUCAAGUUUGUGGAUUCCAGCGCGCCUACGCGGUUACACGCUAUAUAUCAACCUCCAAUCCAGGCUCAUGCAGCGCGCGAUUGGAUUACCGGGCAUCCACGUAUUGUGCUACCCAUCAUUGUCUUCCUCCUGGGCACUUUGACCUACACAAUCUUUGAUCCCGUUCGUGCGAUAAUGGUGGAGGGGAAAAUACUCAAUUGGUUUAACUAUCGAGAGUUCUCACUGUAUAAGUGGAUGCGCGCGAACACCCUUGACCGACUUUCCUUUGUAUCGACAUCAUCAUCAGGGGACAUGCCAGCGGAAGACGUCUGGAAAGAACGCAAGGAUGCCCAAAUCGCAUUGAGGAGCUAUCUUUCCGACCUUCCUUCCACCAUCGCAUUUAUACAUGGCCCUCAGGGAAGUGGUAAAUCACGCAUGUUGCACGGUCUGUUGCGUGAGACGAAUCGGAAGGCUCUCGUUAUUGACUGUACGGAGCUUAACAAGGCAUCGUCUGACGCGAGACUUGUAGCAGGGCUGGCACAACAGACUGGAUACUGGCCUAUAUUUACCUUCUUGAAUUCGAUGAACAGUAUGAUAGAUCUGGCGAGUGUAGGUAUUAUCGGACAGAAAGCCGGGUUUAGUAGCUCGCUCAACGAGCAACUGAAACAAAUUCUUGAGGUUGUCGGGACUGCGUUGAAGGGCGUGAGCCGUUCUCUCCGUACCGAUGCUCAACGCAAGGUAAAAGCAGACCAAGACUCCGAAGAGCGCAAAGCCCAGGACAUCAGCAUGCGUGAACGCAUCAGAAAUGGAACUUGGCAUGACGGUCGGUUGGAUUGUGUAGCAGGCAAUGGCGUUAUGUGCGAACUUGGUGUGGGCGACGAAUUGAUGACAGGACUUGACAGUGAAGCCGGUGAUGACAUAGGCAGUAUGGCACUAGCAAAAACCGAGAAAGGAGAAGAGGAUGAACUAGCGAGAAAGAAGAGGAGUGUAGAGGAUAUUCAGGCUGUGACCGCUCUUCCUAUAGUUGUUAUCAAGAACUAUGCGGCAAGAGGUGGGGCAAAUCGAGAGGAGCUGUUGAGCGUAUUGGCUCAGUGGGCAGCAACUCUUGCGGAGAACCAGAUUGCCCAUGUCAUCGUUAUGAGUGACAAUAGAGAGAACUCGAAACUCUUAGCAAGAGCUCUACCAUCGAAACCACUUAACUCCAUUGCUUUGUAUGAUGCGGACGCGUCCAGCGCCUUAUCUUUCAUUAGACAGAGGCUACAUGAUGCUGGAACGAAUAUAGAACUUACAACCGAUCAGACUGUGUGUAUUGGAAAGCUGGGUGGUCGGGCCAGUGAUCUAGAAAGUUUGAUCCACAAAGUUCGAAGUGGUCAGGCUGUAGAGGAAGCUGUGGAGGAUAUCAUUGCCAGAGGUGUCGGUGAGCUACGCAAGAAUGCAUUUGGCGAGGACCUGGAGGAUGCAAAAUCACUGCCUUGGUCACGAGAACAGGCCUGGAUCGUGCUCAAACUCCUGUCGAAACAGGUGGAGAUUCCGUAUUAUGAUCUGCUACUGGAAUUCCCAUUCAAAGGAGACGAGUUAGCCCUGCGUAGAAUGGAGCACGCGGAGCUCAUAUCUAUUAACACUCGCAAUGGGCGUCCUUCCACUGUACGACCUGGAAAGCCGGUGCUUAAAUAUGUGUUUGAGCGGGUCGUAAAUGAUUCGAUAUUUGGAGCUACACAAGACAUAUGGGCGAACGAAAAAGUAAUUUCAAGUGCUGAGAACACGGUACGGGCAUGCGAACAGGAGUUAUUGGAUCUGAAGGACAUAGCUAUGGCUGAGAGAAGCUCACUGUGGGGCGGAAAGAAGGCUUCAUCUGAAAGGGAGAGCUACCUGUUCAAGAAGAUGGCCUCGGCAGAAACCAAGAUUCAAACAUUGGAGAAACAAAACAUUGAGUUAAAGAAGGUACUUCGUAGAGGUGGUUGAUUGCCCGUCAGUCAAAUUAAUGUUUACGGUUGACUAUUUAUUGCAUGUAUAUAAUGAAUCGACACUCCUAGCUCAGACAAUAUAAUAAUGAUACUGAAGACGCUUAGUGUAGCU